CGCAGUUUGCUGUAGCAACCACGGUUGCUAGGAAUCACCACUGUCAAAUAGGCUUGUGGAAGGAAAGAGCACACUGUUUAGGUCAAAUCGCCCAAAUCGCCCGAUAUUCGUGAUCUGUCGGAACUUUCAAGGUCCAUCUUUUGAGAAGCCAUGGCCAAGGUGGUUUCAGCCCCAUCCCGCUUUACUCAUGAGGACUGGACUCGGUCUAACCUCACAAAAUACGCAAAUGCUGAAGUCGAAAGGGCAGCAUCUGAGAGAUUAGUUGAGGAAUCAAAACGUUUAUCAGAUGAAACAGAGAAGAGAACAGAUAAGACUCAAAGGGAUGUCAACAAGAAAUUUGAGCAGCGCCUGGAUGACAUCAAGUACUGGAAGAAGGAGCUGGACGACAAGCUUGACAGUCUAGCGACAGAAGUGGACAGUCUGCAGACCUUCAAGACCCGAGUAGAAAAAGCCCUGGAGUCCACUGAGGAACCCCUGCAUAUAGCAAAACAGUGUCUCAUGAACAGAGAGAAGCGUAUUGGAAUCGACCUGGUCCAUGACGAUGUCCAGAAAGAGCUGAUCAAAGAGGUGGAGACGAUCGAGGGGAUUCAGGCCCUCCUCAGACGAACCCUUGAACAGGGCACUGAACAGAUCAGACUGAACCGCAAAUCACGUUACCAGCUGGAGAAAGAUCUGAAGGAUAAAUUCUCCUCCAUGAGCAUCGAUGAGUACUGUCAGAAUCUCCGCAACAACUCGGCCAAUCUCAGAUACAAGGAGGGCGCUGCCAAGAUCGAGGCAAAUUCCGUUACACCAGAAGAUUGGCAAGACUUUUCGAAUGCCAACAUUGAGCAGGCAGAGCGGGAGAGACAGAGCUCCGUGGACCUGAGGUCACUGAUUGACGGGAUCCUGCAGCAGUCGUCCAAUGACAUGCUGAAGCAGUGCCAGGCUGUUGAUCUGGCCUUCAGCAAGCGCAUCGAUGAAGCCAAGGACACCAAGGGCAAGCUGGAGGACCAUCUCAACAAGGUUCUUGGUCAGAUCAAUGAGAUCGAGGAGAACAUCUCACGCCUCAUGAAAGCCAUCGCGGACAAAGAAUCCCCACUAAAAUUGGCUCAGACACGUCUGGACACCCGCACCAACCGACCAAACGUGGAACUGUGUCGCGACCAUGUGCAGUACCGCCUCAUCGAAGAAGUUGGCGAAAUCGAGGAGUCAAUCAGCCGACUCCAGGAACGUCUUCAACAUUCCCAAGAUUCCCUCAAAGGACUUAUUCGUAACCAACUAUCUCUGGAAGAAGAUAUUCAGGUCAAGGCCAACACCCUGUUCAUUGAUGAAGUUGAGUGCAUGGGGAUGAGGAAGAGCAUCAACAUCCAGAGUUACUGAGGGUCACACCAACAGCUACUUCAUCAGUAUCUUCAUCAUUUGGGAUUAUGAAUUUGCAUCUCCUCUUAACAUAUGUACUUCUGUUAAAGAUUACAAACCAUUGAAAUUUUAUUCAUGUUAAUAUUUGUACGAAACAACAGAAAAGUUGAUUUAAGGUCAUGUAGUUUACAUGUUCCUGAUACUGAGUAGAAUGGAAUCGUCGGAGAGAAUUAUUCGUAUCUACAACACUUCUUUGUGGUCAUUAUACUUUUAAUUAGUUUGAGCUUUAACAGAACAUUUGACCAAUUCAGCUGUGACAGAUCUUGACACCAAAUGAUUCUGUUUCCAAAGUUUUAAAUAGCCUGUGUUUAUGGUUCUCGUCUAGCAAUAUUACCACUGCACAUGUUGAUGCACUGACCUAAGAAUAUAACUGCUGAUUUAUGAGACCAACAAGUACCGUGUCUAUUGUCCUGUGCUUGUCUUGAUGUGAUGAAGAUUAAUUUUGCCAGUGUACACUGUAUAUUUUGUCAGUAUAUAUUCUGUGAUUUUAAAUGUUAUCACAAUUGUAGGUAAUAAACCUGGGAUUUAUCUGUUA